GCACGUACCAAGUGAUUACGUGGAUAGGCUUGCUCGGGAUGGAAACACAACGGCGACUUGCUCACAGGUUACGGUAAACAAGUUCCACGCGUGAGACGCUGGAGAGCAGUGUCCUUCAUUGUCGUCUCACUCUCCUCACCUUGGACGAGCUUUGACAUUGGGGCAUGAUCCUAGGAGCGAAGUUCUGGCUAUGUUGUUUGGCAGUUCCCAGAAUCACUUCAGCCCAUGGUCCAGACCUGAAGCCUGCUUGGGAUCCAAGAUCAGGGAUAAUAGAAAAGGAAAGCGCUGUUCGAUUUAUCGUUUCAAGUAUAUGCUUGGGCUAUCAAGGAAUCCAAUACAGAUCGCCUUCUUAUAACCAUCCAUUUUCUGUUCUGCGUCCAAGAAAUCUCGGUUGCUUUCGAGCUCGGAGGUUGUUGUGCUCUAUGUUCUGCCCCAUCGGUUUUGAGGGCCGCUCGAUUAGCAUGAGCUUGUUACCACCAUACCCCUCCCCAGCUCCUUAAAUGCUCUCCAGCUCACUGAUAAGGCAACAAGGUUGGGCAAUCAGUGAGACAAGUGUCUGGUCUAGACCGGGCAUUGGCAGGGACUAGACCGAGUCUGCUUCCUUUCUCCCCGUGUGGUGAGGA